AUGGCGAUAGACACAUAUAAAAAAUCCAAAAAGCUAUCCUUAGGAAUGCAUUAUAAUAAGGAUAAUUUUAAUAGAAGGCGGGGAAACUCAUAUGGAUAUAAUAGGUACCGAAGUUAUAAUUAUUACAAAUUACCAAACUAUCAAAAAUCCCAAAAUCGCGAAAUGAAAUCUGAGACAAACGAUAGAGAUACGAAUGAAUCAAAAAAGGUAAACAGCGUCAUUGAUACCAAUUUGCAAUGUAAUACAUCUAACAAUAGCAAUUCUAUGAGAAAAACCAAAAUUGGAAAGAGCGAAGGAAACAAAAAUGAAGAAACUGGCGAAGAAACAAAAGACGAAAAUAAAAAAAUAAAUGUCGUAAAAAUAUUAAAAAGACCCGCAGAUAAUGUGCAUAAUGAUAUUGAGCAUAAAUCAUUAAAAUUAGUAAUAAAAAAUAAUUUAAAUAAUAAAAUUGGUGAAUUAGAAGAAAACGAGAAAAAUAAUAAUGAUAAUGGUAGCAAUAAUGGUAAAAAUGACAAUAACGAAGGAAUUGACGAAAAGAAAAAGGAAAAAAAAUGUAAAAAAAAUUUAGCUAGCAAAAAUUUAUCGAAAAUAAAAGACAAAGAUAUUUUUAAUUUUACGUCAACUCAAGAAUUAUUUAAUUUACUUCUGCAAAAUGUUAAGGAGAAUGAUGAUGAUAAUAAAAACAAUGCGCAACAAAUUGCAUCACCGAAUAACGAAAACAAUUUUGCAAAACAAAAGAAUGUUGAAAUAAUGGAUAAAGAAAAGGAAUCAGCUACGAAAAAAAGUAAAAAAAAUAAAUCACACAAUAUAAAAAUAGCAAAUACAAAUAUUACAGAAACAAAAAAUAGCAAAUAUCAAGUGGAUGCUAAAAAUAAAAACGAUUUAAAUGGGCAAAUGCAAACAAAUAACAAUUGCAUCUUAGGAGGACAAGCUGAUGGAAAUAGUGCUAUGGAAAAAAGGGUUACCUUUCAAUUGGUAGAUGAUUUAUCCCUUGCGACAGAGAAAGAUAUAGAUGUUGGAAGCAUUGAUAAUAUCAAUAAAAUGAAUGGAAUGAUGGGAAAUGUUUAUUCGAAAAUAUCAUCUGCUAAAUAUCCAUCUUAUGUUAUGAAUUCACAUUUACUAAAUAAUAUACCAAAAGAAGAGUUAUGCAAAACAUUAAGCUUAAAACAUGAAUCGUUUAAACAGUUAAAAAAAGAAGAUGAUGAAUCUUUAUUUGUUAUACCAUUAUAUAUGCGAUCACCCAAACCAGAACAAAUACCAAUACCCUCUUUAUUUUCAGCCAAUAAUAGCAACUUGGCAGCUGAUGUAUACCAUGGAAAUGAAGGAUUUCCAUCUAAUUGUGUAAGCAGCUUAGAUAACAUAAAUGAAUAUUUGAUUGGAAGUAAUUCGAUAAAGUUUUCAAUGAACAACCAAGAAAAUUCCGAGGAAUAUUAUUCAACACCCACACUAAUUGGAUUUAAUAAUUCAAUUUUCUCAAAAACAUCUACCGAAAAAUGUAACAGCAAAGUAGUAAAUGUACCGAAAAAUGGCAGUAAUAAUAAUAAUAUAAAAUCCGAAGUGUCAAAUUCAAACAAAUUAAAAACAAAAAAAUAUGGAAAAAAUUUUAAAAAUUCUAUAACGAAUGAAAGUCCAAACACCUUGGUGGGAGUAGCAAAUGAUGAAACUGGUUUAAAUGUUUCUAAAAAAAAUAAAACAUAUCUUAACAAAAAAUAUAUCUCUUCAAAUUUAGACCCAAAUAAAUUAAGAUUAAAAUAUGAUACAUUAAACAUAGGUAAUGUUAAACCAAGAAAAUUACAUAACAAUGAAUAUUAUGCUUAUAUAAAAACCACGAAUUAUAUGAAUAGCAGCCAUGCAUAUAAUAAAACUAGCAAAAACUUUAAAUUUGACAAAUAUUUCAACAACAGGAAAUACAACUUUAAAGCUACUUAUGUUAACGAUUCAGCAGCUGCUCAAAGAAAUAAAAAUUUUAAUUCCUUUAAAAAUGUCAAAAUUGAAGCCUAUUAA